AUGGGAAUUAUCAAUUGGUCUCAUCGCAAGCCUAUUUCUGUUCCUACCUCAUCCGUCCAAAAACCUCCUACUACUAUCUUGAAGGCCGCUUCAGUUGACAGCUUUGCUGCCCAAAUUGACACCGCAACUCCAAACUCAACACCGAACAGAUCAUCCGAGGGAGAGCAGCCUUUCUUGCACCUCGUCGAAUCGCCUCGCCUAGGUGCGGUUGAUUCUUUGCGUAAAGCACUGGGUGGGGGCAUCCAGAGUGGCAUUCCGUCGACCCGCAAAGAAAAUCCAGACACCUCCAUUUCUACGACCGAGGACGGACUUUCCAGGAUUGAGGAAGAAGAGAGCCUGUCUAGCCAAACUCGAGACUCUGUCAUUGUUCAAAACCCUUCCUGUCUCGACUUCCCGCUGACUCCUCUCUCCUUAGCGGUUGAUGCUUCCGCAGAUGGCAUUCGUACCAAAGAUCCUUCUAGUCCAACAACACCAUUGGAUUUCGCCCGAUAUGGAUACAUCAGCAGAGAGUCUUUUGUCACAUCAGUCCUUCCUCUGUUACAGUCGGCUCCGGAUUCUCCAAUUGGUGGCCGUGAAGCUGCAGUCUUGAGCCAUAGAGAGGUCGAACACCAUCCGCAACCAAUCUCCCACGCCAGCACAGUUGCGUUGCAUAAUAACCUGGAACGCUACGAACCACCACGGAUCGAAGUAUCUUCUCCAAAAAUUAGCAUAUCAGGCUAUGAGAAGGCAAGCCGUAAGGCGCUGAGGUCAUGCUCUAACUUAUCUGACCCCCUAAGUGUGGAACAGAGCUCAGAUUCUGACUCGCUUAAAACACAAACCAUAGCAGCUGUUACUCAUUCCCCUCGACAAAAUCUGAAUCGCCUUAAUGAUGGAAAUUCUUCUGAUGGACCCGCGAACGAUGAUGAUGAUCCCUGUGGACUGGAGGCAAUAAAGAGGUCUCGCAAAGCUGUCGAGAAGAGCCCGGCCACGGAAAUUCCACCUGAGCACGAGAUAAAAGCAACUUCGGAUAGUACAAAAGAUGGUGCUCUCAACGAUAGCACUGCUCCUGGAAACAUCAAGCAUGCUCUGGCGGUGGGCCAAGCAGGUGAAAUACAAGCUACACAUGAGGUUAUCGAAGUGCCAGCUGCACAAGCACCGUCCAACUCAAAAAACGCUCCUUCAUCCCCAAUAAGAACCGAGGUCGCUAGGUCCGUUGGGAUUCCUAACAAGUCAGCUGCUCCACGGCUAGUCGACAUCGAAGCAGUUCCUUUUCCAUCCUCUAUGCCUCCAGAGCUGGGGAUACCAAUCGAUGGCACGGGUAUACCAAGCAUCCCUACUGUCCCCAACAAAAUGAAAAAGAGAAAAGGAGCGUCGGUGAACAAAGGGGUUCGAAAAGCGAGAAAGGCUUUGCUGAGAAGACCGAUCCUGAGCGUGGUAGUUGGUAGGAAACUAGCUAAGCCUACUCGGGAUUUGUUGAAGUUGGCAGUGACAGAUUCCUUUAUUGUGCCCGAAGCCACCAGUGUUAUAACUGGAUAG